AUGAAUCCAUCAAUGUCAAGUUUCUUUUUCUUCUUGUCUCUCAUUUGCUUCUUGACCCUUCUCCCCUGUCCCAUUAUAUCGGCCCGGCCCGCCUCCACCUUAGCCGCGGCCUCUCCGGUUGACCUGCUCACAAAAGCUUGCUCUCUUGCACCCAACAAGGAUCUAUGCCAACAGACAAUCAAUUCAGCGAAAGACAAACCGAAGAAAGACCUGAAUGAUCUUGCUUUUAUAGCCUUUGAAGCUGCCUCCAUUGCCUCCACCUCAAAUGCUGAAUUUGUUUCUCAAAAACUCGAGGACAUUGAGGAAUCGGAGGAGCCUGAUGACGUUGUAGUUACACAAAGCUUUCAAGAUUGCCAAGAACAGUAUCAAGGCAUGAACGAUGAGGUUGAUGAUGCGGUCAGCGCUUUGGCUACCAGAAGAAGAGACGAUGAUGGAAAGAUAGAAACUUGGUUAAAGGAUUCCAUUGUUGCCGUUGAGACGUGCCAGAAGAGUGCCACAGGGAAGGGUCAAAAAACUGAUGAGCUUACCGGCAUGAAUCAAAAACUUUUAGAGUUGCUGAAUAAUGCCAUGGCAGUUUUUCAAGUUCUUAAGCAAAACUAG